ACUCUCCUUGGAAACAUGGCCAUCUUGUGUGCAGUGCGCUGGGAUCACCAGCUCCACACUCCCAUGUACAUCCUGCUGGCCAACUUCUCCUUCCUGGAGAUCUGCUAUGUCACCUCUGAUGUGCCCAACAUGCUGGUCAACUUCCUCUUCAAGACCAAAACCAUCUCCUUCACUCAGCGCCUCCUGCAGUUAUACUUCUUCUUCUCUUUGGACACAACAGAAUGCUUAUUUCUCUCUGUAAUGGCCUAUGACCCUUUCCUGGCAAUCUGUCACCCCCUGCACUACCUCACAGUCAUGACUACUAAGUUCUGUAGCAGCCUGGUCAUCUUUUGCUGGGUGUAUGGUUUCCUCUGGUUCCUGAUCCCAGUGGUACUUGUUACUCAGCUACCAUUUUGUGACCCAAAUGUUAUUGAUGGCUUUCUGUGUGACCUAGGUCCUCUGCUGGACCUGGCUUCAGCCUGUAUCCCAAUCCCAGGGACUGUUCUCAUAUGUGGCACCAUGAGCUCCCUUCUCAUCUUUGCCACUUUUUUCUACAUUAGUGGCUCAUACACCCUAGUGCUCAGGGCUGUGAUGCAGGUGCCCUCAGCUGCUGGCCGGAAGAAGGCCUUCUCCACCUGCUCCUCACAUCUGGCUGUGGUGUUUCUAUUCUAUGGAUCUGUCAUGAUAACAUAUGUGAGCCCAGGGUCAGGACAAGCACAGAGCAUGCAGAAGUUCACUACUUUGUUCUACUCAGUUUUGACCCCACUUUUCAACUCCGUGAUUUACAGCCUCCGGAAUAAAGAGAUGAAAGAUGGCUUGAAGAAAGUGCUAAGAGGUUCCUAAAAAUGGUUUGUGAUGUUAGUGAGUCAUUCCCACAUGACUUCUACUAUGAACCUCCUGUCAGUGAAAAGCCAAGAAUCUAGCAAGUG